CUGAAGGGAGUAAACGAAAAGGGGGUAGGGCAAAAUCGAGUCAAUUGUGAAACCAUGUCUUUCUCGAUCUCUCUUGUCUCUCGAUCUCUCAUCUCUCUUCUCUCUCGAUCUCUCAUCUCCGUCGCUUCUCCUCUCGAUCUCUCGUGGGUUCUCGUCACGGCGGUUCUCCUCGGCGGUUCUCCUCGGUGGUGCCGCAGAUGCCAUUGACGAAUAUGUUCGGAUGGCUGAAACCACAGCUAGAAAAUGUUUGCACCAUUUCACUGCGGGGAUAAUCCACUUAUUUGGCGAUGAAUAUCUAAGACAUCCAACACCGGAGGAUCUUGAAAGACUACUAGCUGUGGGAGAACAACGUGGAUUUCCGGGAAUGAUUGGAAGCAUCGACUGUAUGCAUUGGGAGUGGAAGAAUUGUCCUGCCGCUUGGAAAGGAAUGUAUUCACGUGGAACCGACAAACCCACAAUCGUGUUGGAGGCGGUAGCUGGACAGGACCUCUGGAUAUGGCAUGCGUUUUUUGGAGCUCCAGGUACUAUGAAUGAUCUUAAUAUUCUUGAUCGAUCACCUGUUUUUGAUGAAAUAAUUAACGGAAACGCUCCGGAAGUCCAUUUCCAUGUCAACGGAAGGGAGUACGAUUUGGGUUACUAUCUUGCCGAUGGUAUUUACCCGAAAUGGGCUACUUUUAUUCAAUCAAUCCGACUCCCACAAGGUCCAAAACCUUGUUUAUUUGCUAAAAGACAAGAAUUCGUGCGAAAAGAUGUUGAGCGUGCCUUCGGAGUCCUGCAAGCUAGAUUUGCGGUUGUUAGAAAUCCUUCUAAUUUAUGGGAUAAAAACAAAUUAGGAAAUAUUAUGAGAGCAUGCAUCAUACUCCCUAAUAUGAUUGUCGAGAAUGAACGAGAUUCCUACCUCCGCACAUCAGAAUUUCAACAAGGAAAAGAUGAUGAUCCCAGUUUUGUAGUCAGACGGACUACAAAUAUCCGUACUACAUUGGGACGUCGAGCAGAUGUUCGGGAUACAGCAGGCCAUCUACAAUUAAAAGAAGAUUUGAUCGAACAUAUUUGGGAUAAAUACGGACAUUUACCAAAUUUACCAAAUGAUAUGUAAUUUUUAUGUUUGUAUGAAAUUAAUAAAAUGUGUGUUUGUUUUUUAUUAAUAAAAUGGGAUGUAAAAUGUUUGUAAUUUUCUAUUAAAGUAAUAAUUUAGUUUGUUCUUAUAUGUGUUAUUAAAUUUAAAAUGGAAUUUUGUCUUAAAAAAAUUAAAAGUUAAGGACCCAGAAAAAGUCCCACCAAUAAUCAUCAUUUUAACAAAAAGUCCUUAACAAAGUCCUAAUCUACAAAUAAUAAUUAAAUACUCUAAGGACUUAUCAAUUGGGACAAUUGAUAAUGAUGCUCUUAGCAGAUAUUAUCUAAUCAGUUAUCCCUAUAUAUGUAUUGUAACAACAUACCAAAACAAAAUUGUCAUCUCAACGCUUAUCUCUUUUUUUUUUUUUGUCGUCUGUAUUAUAAUGGCAAAAACCCAAGGAGGAUUUUACAAGAUUAAGGUCAUCCAGGCCCAGCCAUAUUAAAACAAAAAAACAAAGAGGCCCACAACGGCCCAGCCAGGAAGAGUCCAAAGGAAGAAGGUGACGAGACUGGCAUCAGGUUGAACGAGAAGCGCAGGUCAUGCGCGGUAGGGACACGUGCCAAGCGAAAGCGCCACCCUUCUUCACCGACUUGCACGUCAUCGUCGGAAUUCAAAUCGGCGUUUCACCGGACACACCGGAAACAGAAACCCGUUCAAUGAAAACCGACGAAGACGAUGAUUGGAAGUGAAAAGACUUCGAUAACAACUCCUUAAUCUUCAACACCGGACCGUCAACCACCGGAAACUUCAAUCGACACCGCCGAGAGUAAAUCCAGUAGCAGAACCACCGUCGUACCAAAGACUAAACCAAACGGUCUCUGCUUAGAGAAAACGCUUCAACCACAUACGAUCGAGAAUUAAGGAUCCGAUUCACAAUCAGAUCUGAGAACGAAACUCUUUCGAAUCAGGAAAAGCUCAAGCGGAGAGAGUAGACAAACCGGAACAUCCGGAUAUAAAGCCGCCGUCAUCACCAGAGGAUAAGGUGCGACGCAGAGACUAAAGCCGGCCGCCAAACACCUGAAGAGAAAGCGUUUACGCCAGAACCAAAAAUCGGCCGACCACCGAAAAAGGUGCGACGCCGGAAAAGAGACCCACAAGAGUGAAGAUACGCCGGAUAACACUAGACUGAGGUUUGGUCUCAUCACUUUCCUCCGUGAAAGAUGGAUAUCUCUAUGUUACUUCAAUUUAAAAGUUCAAAAAAUUACGAUGCAUGUUAAUUUUGUACCGGUAAAUAAAGAACGGCCACUAUUGUCAGUCCUGAUCUUCAAAUAUGUUCGUCAAUGUUGUGUUGAUAGUUCAAAACCCACCGACAUUAGUUUUUGUAGAUGAUAGCUAUCGAUACUAGAUAAAUUUACGUUUCAAAGAUAAUAAUUAGAACCAACAAGAUCAAUCAACAAGUAUAAUCCAACUCUUUAUAUCAAAUUAUCAAUCAAAUCAUACUUUAUUUGGCUUGUAGCACGGAAUCUAACAUGGGUUGCUUUGUAUACAUAGAAAUGAAUAUAAAGUAUAUUGACCUACAAGGCUACAAACGUGGAUAUAUUGUAAUAUUAUGAAUAACUUUGCUUUUGUCAGAAAGAAACUUUUGCUAUUGCUAUAUACAGUAACAAAAAUUUGAACCAAAAAUAUAUAUAUAUAUAUUGGCAACAAAACAUAUAAAGAACUAUUACAAUUCUGACGUUUUUUUUACUUUGACUUUGACAUGUUAUUACAUAUACAAUUAAGAAAACUCUACAAUUAAUAAGAUGAAACUUUAUUUUAUUGCUCCUAUCAAUUUGGAGAUCUUGGUAUCCCAAAUAUACUUUUGUUUGCUGUAAUUAGUGUAUACCAUUUUUUUUUACAACGACAAUGGUGGCCACGAUUUAAGAGGAGCUACUAAAAUCAAUUAAACUAGUGGUCUCCACUAGAUUUUAUAAUAUAAACCAGAAAUCACGGAUCAACCUUUUUGACAAAUGCCUAAUCCCAUUCUCACAGGCUAUCGCGACUUGUGAUCUGCCACUACCUCAUCCACAAAUUUUAAAAAGUAUUAAUAAUCAUAAAGCUGGGGAAUAAAACAAAAUGAAAUUUCUUUUAGUGUCUAUUCAAUAGUCAAUAUUAGGAUAUACAUCAAUAUAUUAGAAUAGUAAGUUUAUCAUUAUCUAUUAUAUACUAUUCCAUAUUAGUUUAGGAAAUUAGUUUGAUUUAUUCUCUAUAUAAACAAUGCAUCUUGUAAUAUUAUUUUCAUGAGAGUCUAAUAUAAUUCUUCCAUAAACACUUUUGUGUUCUUUACUCUCAUCAAUUUAUCAUGGUAUCAGAGCCUGAACAAAACUAAAAACAUCAAAAACAUCCAUAUUCUCGUUUGUCUUGCAAAAUCACAGAACAAUCAAUUCUCAUUCAAAAACUUCUGUAUUCACGACUUGAAAAAGAAGAUUUUUAUUCAAUCAUAGUCUUGGUGUCUUUGCAAAAUCGCAAAUCAUCAAACUUAUUCUCUAUUCCUUUGUUUCUCGAUUUGAAACAAGGAAAAUUCAUUCAACAAUUCAAACAUUCAUUCAUCAACUUUCGUAUGGCUAUUAGCUCACGAAGAUUCAGAUUUCUUUACGGCAGUCUACCGGCAGCCGAUUCACCCUACCGUGAAGAUUGCAAAGCAAACAAUCAUCUCAUUGUAGGAUGGAUAAAACAAACAUUCGAACCAAAACUCAGAUCAUCUAUCUCUACUUG